UUAAGCUUGGAAUUACAGCCAUUGGGUGGUGGCUGCUCGCUUCAAGUUUUGGAGUUUCAGCCCUAAUGUGGGGUGCGUAGGCCGGGGGAGGUUUAAGCAUUAUUUGCCGGUAUAUUUUUUUCUGCAUUUGGUUACUUUUACUUGUGACUUGUGAAAGGCAGGUUUAAUAUCAGCUGGCUAGCUUGGCACUUGUCAAACUAGGUGAAUCUUCCAUAGGUUCGGGCUGAUGCAGGCCAUCAAGUGUGUGGUUGUGGGAGACGGGGCUGUGGGUAAAACAUGCUUGCUGAUCAGCUACACCACCAAUGCCUUCCCGGGAGAAUACAUACCCACAGUGUUCGACAAUUACUCUGCCAAUGUGAUGGUGGAUGGGAAGCCAGUAAAUCUGGGACUUUGGGACACUGCAGGGCAAGAAGACUAUGACAGAUUGCGUCCUCUGUCUUACCCUCAAACAGAUGUCUUUCUGGUCUGCUUCUCCCUUGUGAGUCCUGCCUCAUUUGAGAAUGUCCGUGCAAAGUGGUAUCCAGAGGUCAGAAACCAUUGCCCCAACACUCCCAUCAUCCUUGUAGGCACCAAACUUGACCUGCGGGAUGAAAAGGCUACCAUUGACAAGCUGAGAGAGAAGAAACUCACCCCUAUCACCUACCCUCAGGGUUUGGCCAUGGCUAAAGAGAUCGGAGCGGUGAAGUACCUGGAAUGCUCAGCCCUGACUCAACGUGGCCUUAAAACGGUGUUUGAUGAAGCUAUCAGGGCGGUACUCUGUCCGCCGCCAACCAAGAAGAAGAAAAGGAACUGUCUACUGCUCUAAAGGAACACGGGAGAUGUAUACCUUCUGUGGUCUGAGCUGACCUUGGGUGAUCUUUGGUGGGGGUAGGGGAGGCCUGUAUGUGUCUCUCGUAAUUAACGGUAAUUGUGAUCGUCUGAAUAAAAUAUUUCUUUUAUGGGUAUUUUAGCGUAAGUGGGAUGAUUGCCCAACCCUAAUACACUCUAUUCUCCAAGCUUUUUCAGAAAGCUGUAAGGCAUGACGUUUCUCAUAUUAUGUAAAGCCCACAUUGUUUACAGUUCUCAGAGGUGUUUAGUUAAGGUAUUGCCAAAGUAUAGCUGCGCCUAAAAGAUCGGGAACACUACUAACAUGUGGCCAUUUUUAACACUUCAUUAUCCACGGAGAAUCUUUUCCGUAUGCUGUGAAUUAAAUGCUUUGUGCAUUAAGCCUGGGGUCCACCAAUCUGACACCACUUCUUCUGUUUGGAUUUAUUUUUUGUUAAAUCAUUCAUCCAUCAAGUGUUCUACACUGAUUUUUACUUAUAUAUUCGGUUAUGCCUUUGAUUUUAAAUUAAACAUUUUUACAUUAUAUGGCAUAUACUUUAUUUAUGUGCUGGUGGAAGUACUUGAAGUGGUCUGUUCUUUUUCUGAAUAUUUCAGACUAUCAUCCUUUACAUUUAAACAACGGCUUUCUAAUCGCACAAUUAAAACACUCGAUUGUAAUGUUUUUGGUGAAGAGUAAUUAUGGCUGCUCAAAUGAUAAAAAUGUAAGCUGGUGAUUUUAAAAUCAAUUGGAAUUUGAAUAAAAUUUGUGAAUUAUG